AUGCUCGGCUGGUUGGGUCUAGGGCAAGUCCAGCCCGAGUUUUACGCGGACGAGUACUCGCCAGAGGUCGACCUAUCAGGUUCAGAGCGGUUGAGAGCGUUGCUGCGGAUCAACAACUUCAGAGACGAGCUGCGCGCCCUCAGGCACCACUUCCUGGGCACCAGAGAGCUCAGGAACAUGCGCACACCAGGCUCCAGCGACCUCUGGGUGGUGACAGCUACAUGGAACGUGGCGGGCAUAUCGGACCCGCCUUCUCACCUGGACCUCACGGACUGGCUCUCCCUGCAGCAACCCGCCGAUAUCAUCGCCAUCGGCCGUGCUGCCAUGCCAUGUCCGUGGCCUGUUUUGCACGCCGCUCUCCUCCCCACCUGGCCCCCCUCACAACUGCCUCUCCCCUCCCUACCGCACCCAGCAGAUAUCAUCACCAUCAAGUGGGUGGGUGCUUGCUACCAUACCACCACCCUUACUGCUCGCAUCACCCCUCACGGGGUUGUGCUGUGCUGUGUCAUGCGUGUGACCUGGGUUCACCCCUUUUUUGCGCCCACAUGCCGUCCUGCUGAGCGUGGUAGGCAGAGUGCUGGGGAUGAAAUGAAAGCACUCAGACGGGAGUCCUUGACUCAUUGCAUCUUCCUUCGCGCCCAUGUCUCCUCCCUCCCUUACCACAGCUUCCAGGAGAUAGUCCCGCUGAGCACGGGCAGUGUGCCGGGGAUGGACUCAGAGGAGGCUAUUUCCGCCCUCUCAUUUGUGUGCUCGUCCCUUCCCGUUCCACCAUGUGCCCUUCUCAUUUGCAGCUUCCAGGAGAUAGUCCCUUUGAGCACGGGCAGUGUGUUGGGGAUGGACUCAGAGGAAGCGGUGGGGCAAUGGGAGGCCCUCGUGCGCCGCCAGCUCAACGCCGCCGCUGCCAAGGCCGCCAAGAAGGCUGCUGCCAAGGCUGCUGGCAGUGCUGCUUCUAGAGACUCUAGCAAGGCUGAUGAAUCCGUAGAGGGGGUGGUUGAUGGGGCAGAGCAGGCAGUGACAGAGGGGGGUAGCAGGGCUGGUGAUGAUGAGACAAGCAGUGUGAGCAGUAGCAGUGGUGUGGCUGGGAAGGCCACGCCCCCCCCGUCUCUGACCAGCAGCAGCGACCUCUCCUUCCACACCAGCAGCUUCCGCCUUCCCUCCUCUGCUUCUGACGCCUCCAAAGGGUCACUUGAUGGGAGUUCGGCUGUCGCUGCUGCUGCUGCAGCCUCCAUGAGUCCAGCUGAUUCUAGCGCUGCUGCUCCUGCUACAUCUGAGUGGGAGGGGGGUGCUCUGCAGCAGGGUGAACAUGCAGAUAAGGUACCCCUGGAUAAGAUCCUGCCCGAGGAUUUGAUCAGCGUGCCGCUCACUCCUGCUGAGCCCAUCUUUGCAGAUGGAGGUGGAUAUGGUGGGGAGGGGAGGGGGGAUGUGCAGGCGAGUGAGGGAGGGGUGGUAGGGAAGGUUGGGGAAGGGGAAGAUGGUAGGGAAGAUGUAGCAAAGGGAGGGGAAGAGGAGGGAAGGGGAGGGGAGAUGGAGGAGUGGGAGGGAGGGGAGGUGGAGGAGGCAUAUGUGAAGGUGGCGGGGAGGCAGAUGGUGGGGGUGUAUCUGAUGGUGUGGGCGCGGAAGGGAUUGAGGAGGCACAUUCAUAGCGUCAAGGCCAGCACUGUGGGCUGUGGGCUCAUGGGCAUUCUUGGCAACAAGGGCUCAGUGGCAAUAAGCAUGUCGGUGCACGAGACAUCAUUCACCUUCAUCUGCGCGCAUCUCAAUGCCGGGGAGGAGCGUGCCGAUGCUGCCCGCCGCACAUUUGACUUCCUCGAGAUUCUCCGCCGCACCGCCUUCCCCAGGGAGCUGCCAGACCCAUGGACAGCCAGGCUGGCAGAGACCAUCACGGAACACGAUCGGGUGUUCUUCUUUGGCGAUCUCAACUACCGCCUCGAGCUGCCGGAUUUGGAGGCGAGGGCGCUGCUGGCCAAGCGCGACUGGGAGGCGCUGCUGCAGCACGACCAGGACGAUGGGGAGGACGAGAAGGGCAGCAAGAAGCCCCCUUUGCAGCACAUCAUCAAAUGCCAUUUCCACCCGCCUGCCUAUCUCCCGCCUCCUUCAGCUGCGCUGCGGUGGGAGUUGUCAGAAGGCGGCGCACUGCCAGGGUGGAGAGAGGGUCCCAUCUUCUUUGCCCCGACCUACAAGUACGCAUUGGGCAGCAACCGGUACGUGGGGGAGGACGAGGAGGACGGGGAGAAGCGCCGCACGCCCGCCUGGUGCGACCGCGUGCUCUGGUACGACUCGGGUGACGCCACUGACAGCCUCCCCCCCACCAGCAUCAGCAGCCCCAGCCUCAGCACCACCACCACCACCACCGGGAUCGCCAGCAGCGGCAGCAUGAGCAGCAUGGGGGGGUACGCGAGUGAUGCGCUGCAGCUGGUGUCGUACUCGCGGGCGGAGCUGGCGCUGUCGGACCAUCGGCCGGUGGCGGCGGUGUUUGCAGUGCAGGUGGAGGCGGUGGAGAGGGAGCGGUUUGAUGCUGCUGUGGCCGUGGCGUGCCGGCAGCUGGACGAACGGCAGCAGCUCGCCAUUCCGCAUUUCUCUCUCAGCGCACAUGCAGUUGAAUUCGGAGAGGUGGCCUAUGCUUCUCACAACCCUGACGAGCUGGUGGGUGAGGAGGAGCUUGAUCGCUCAUUCUCUGUUGACUCCUUUGCCGAUGAAGCUGUCAUUCUUGCUGUCUCGGCUCUUUUCCCCGCCAAGCGAGUCUGUGCUGCUGCGUCCUCCAGCUCGAUGCCUGUGGCUCCCCUGGUGCCCUACGCCUCUGUCAUCCGGCGAACCAUAGAGCUGCACAAUCUGGGUACGGUCCCCGCGUGCUUCUCCGUGGCCCCGGCAGGCAGCACCGACACCGCUGCCCCCGGCCCUGCAGGGGGGUGCGGGGCAUGGGUGGUGGCAGAGCCAGCAGCAGGAGCAGUGGCGCCAGGGCACACGGUGACUCUCAGCCUGCACACCUGGGUGGCUGUGCCAGGCACGCGGGUCGAUCUGCUGGUGGAUCGCGGCGGGCUGCUGGAUUUGAUUUUGGUGGUCGCGAUUGCGGGCGGAGGGGACCUGUUUGUGGCGUGCUCUGGGAGUUACGUGCCGUCGUGCUGGGGUCUGCGUCUAGAGGAACUCGCGGGCCUCAAACACCCCAUCCUCUCGCUCUCUCGCCACGCCAUCAACCCCAAUCCUUUUUCCUUUCCCGCUUCCCUUCAUUCGUGUCUCCCUCGUUUUGUCCACCCCGCUUUCCUUUCUCGCUCUCUCCCUCGUUUUUUCCCAUCCGCUCGCCCUCCCUCAAUGCCAUCACCCUCGUUCCCCUCCUUUUUGUCCCCUUAUCGUUCCUGCCAUUCCUCUCCCUCCUCUCGUUCCCCUCCCCCCAGUCUGGAGGCCCUAGCAGGUCUCAAGGACCCCAUCCGCUCGCUCUCCCUCGACGCCAUCGCCGCCCGCCAGUGCUCCUCCCUGCGCUACAGCCGCGCUGCAGCUGCCUCCGCUGCUGGCGGUCACCAGGCCAGCAUCGCAGAAGCUUCCGAAACCGACCCCGAUAACGACUCUGCUGCUGCUGGCGGGGAGGAUGAUCGGCCGGAGGUGGCCAAGGAGGUGGCCAAGGAGGUGGCCAAGGAGGUGGCCAAGGAGGUGGCCAAGGAGGUGGCCAAGGAGGUGGCCAAGGAGGUGGCCAAGGAGGUGGCCAAGGAGGUGGCCAAGGAGGUGGCCAAGGAGGUGGCCAAGGAGGUGGCCAAGGAGGUGGCCAAGGAGGUGGCCAAGGAGGUGGCCAAGGAGGUGGCCAAGGAGGUGGCCAAGGAGGUGGCCAAGGAGGUGGCCAAGGAGGUGGCCAAGGAGGUGGCCAAGGAGGUGGCCAAGGAGGUGGCCAAGGAGGUGGCCAAGGAGGUGGCCAAGGAGGUGGCCAAGGAGGUGGCCAAGGAGGUGGCCAAGGAGGUGGCCAAGGAGGAGGUGGCCAAGGAGGUGGCCAAGGAGGUGGCCAAGGAGGUGGCCAAGGAGGUGGCCAAGGAGGUGGCCAAGGAGGUGGCCAAGGAGGUGGCCAAGGAGGUGGCCAAGGAGGUGGCCAAGGAGGUGGCCAAGGAGGUGGCCAAGGAGGUGGCCAAGGAGGUGGCCAAGGAGGUGGCCAAGGAGGUGGCCAAGGAGGUGGCCAAGGAGGUGGCCAAGGAGGUGGCCAAGGAGGUGGCCAAGGAGGUGGCCAAGGAGGUGGCCAAGGAGGUGGCCAAGGAGGUGGCCAAGGAGGUGGCCAAGGAGGUGGCCAAGGAGGUGGCCAAGGAGGUGGCCAAGGAGGUGGCCAAGGAGGUGGCCAAGGAGGUGGCCAAGGAGGUGGCCAAGGAGGUGGCCAAGGAGGUGGCCAAGGAGGUGGCCAAGGAGGUGGCCAAGGAGGUGGCCAAGGAGGUGGCCAAGGAGGUGGCCAAGGAGGUGGCCAAGGAGGUGGCCAAGGAGGUGGCCAAGGAGGUGGCCAAGGAGGUGGCCAAGGAGGUGGCCAAGGAGGUGGCCAAGGAGGUGGCCAAGGAGGUGGCCAAGGAGGUGGCCAAGGAGGUGGCCAAGGAGGAGGUGGCCAAGGAGGUGGCCAAGGAGGUGGCCAAGGAGGUGGCCAAGGAGGUGGCCAAGGAGGUGGCCAAGGAGGUGGCCAAGGAGGUGGCCAAGGAGGUGGCCAAGGAGGGGGCCAAGGAGGUGGCCAAGGAGGUGGCCAAGGAGGUGGCCAAGGAGGGUGGCCAAGGAGGUGGCCAAGAGGUGGCCAAGGAGGUGGCCAACGGAGGUGGCCAAGGAGGUGGCCAAGGAGGUGGCCAAGGAGGUGGCCAAGGAGGUGGCCAAGGAGGUGGCCAAGGAGGUGGCCAAGGAGGUGGCCAAGGAGGUGGCCAAGGAGGGUGCCAAGGGAGGUGGCCAAGGAGGUGGCCAAGGAGGUGGCCAAGGAGGUGGCCAAGGAGGUGGCCAAGGAGGUGGCCAAGGAGGUGGCCAAGGAGGUGGCCAAGGAGGUGGCCAAGGAGGUGGCCAAGGAGGUGGCCAAGGGAGGUGGCCAAGGAGGUGGCCAAGGAGGUGGCCAAGGAGGUGGCCAAGGAGGUGGCCAAGGAGGUGGCCAAGGAGGUGGCCAAGGAGGUGGCCAAGGAGGUGGCCAAGGAGGUGGCCAAGGAGGUGGCCAAGGAGGUGGCCAAGGAGGUGGCCAAGGAGGUGGCCAAGGAGGUGGCCAAGGAGGUGGCCAAGGAGGUGGCCAAGGAGGUGGCCAAGGAGGUGGCCAAGGAGGUGGCCAAGGAGGUGGCCAAGGAGGUGGCCAAGGAGGUGGCCAAGGAGGUGGCCAAGGAGGUGGCCAAGGAGGUGGCCAAGGAGGUGGCCAAGGAGGUGGCCAAGGAGGUGGCCAAGGAGGUGGCCAAGGAGGUGGCCAAGGAGGUGGCCAAGGAGGUGGCCAAGGAGGUGGCCAAGGAGGUGGCCAAGGAGGUGGCCAAGGAGGUGGCCAAGGAGGUGGCCAAGGAGGUGGCCAAGGAGGUGGCCAAGGAGGUGGCCAAGGAGGUGGCCAAGGAGGUGGCCAAGGAGGUGGCCAAGGAGGUGGCCAAGGAGGUGGCCAAGGAGGUGGCCAAGGAGGUGGCCAAGGAGGUGGCCAAGGAGGUGGCCAAGGAGGUGGCCAAGGAGGUGGCCAAGGAGGUGGCCAAGGAGGUGGCCAAGGAGGUGGCCAAGGAGGUGGCCAAGGAGGUGGCCAAGGAGGUGGCCAAGGAGGUGGCCAAGGAGGUGGCCAAGGAGGUGGCCAAGGAGGUGGCCAAGGAGGUGGCCAAGGAGGUGGCCAAGGAGGUGGCCAAGGAGGUGGCCAAGGAGGUGGCCAAGGAGGUGGCCAAGGAGGUGGCCAAGGAGGUGGCCAAGGAGGUGGCCAAGGAGGUGGCCAAGGAGGUGGCCAAGGAGGUGGCCAAGGAGGUGGCCAAGGAGGUGGCCAAGGAGGUGGCCAAGGAGGUGGCCAAGGAGGUGGCCAAGGAGGUGGCCAAGGAGGUGGCCAAGGAGGUGGCCAAGGAGGUGGCCAAGGAGGUGGCCAAGGAGGUGGCCAAGGAGGUGGCCAAGGAGGAGGUGGCCAAGGAGGUGGCCAAGGAGGUGGCCAAGGAGGUGGCCAAGGAGGUGGCCAAGGAGGUGGCCAAGGAGGUGGCCAAGGAGGUGGCCAAGGAGGUGGCCAAGGAGGUGGCCAAGGAGGUGGCCAAGGAGGUGGCCAAGGAGGUGGCCAAGGAGGUGGCCAAGGAGGUGGCCAAGGAGGUGGCCAAGGAGGUGGCAGGAGGUGGCCAAAGGAGGUGGCCAAGGAGGUGGCCAAGGAGGUGGCCAAGGAGGUGGCCAGAGGUGGCCAAGGAGGUGGCCAAGGAGGUGGCCAAGGAGGUGGCCAAGGAGGUGGCCAAGGAGGUGGCCAAGGAGGUGGCCAAGGAGGUGGCCAAGGAGGUGGCCAAGGAGGUGGCCAAGGAGGUGGCCAAGGAGGUGGCCAAGGAGGUGGCCAAGGAGGUGGCCAAGGAGGUGGCCAAGGAGGUGGCCAAGGAGGUGGCCAAGGAGGUGGCCAAGGAGGUGGCCAAGGAGGUGGCCAAGGAGGUGGCCAAGGAGGUGGCCAGGAGGUGGCCAAGGAGGUGGCCAAGGAGGUGGCCAAGGAGGUGGCCAAGGAGGUGGCCAAGGAGGUGGCCAAGGAGGUGGCCAAGGAGGUGGCCCAAGGAGGUGGCCAAGGAGGUGGCCAAGGAGGUGGACAAGGAGGUGGCCAAGGAGGUGGCCAAGGAUUUGGUGGCCAAGGAGGUGGCCAAGGAGGUGGCCAAGGAGGUGGCCAAGGAGGUGGCCAAGGAGGUGGCCAAGGAGGUGGCCAAGGAGGUGGCAAGGAGGAGGUGGCCAUCAGGAGGUGGCCAAGGAGGUGGCCAAGGAGGUGGCCAAGGAGGUGGCCAAGGAGGUGGCCAAGGAGGUGGCCAAAGGAGGUGGCCAAGGAGGUGGCCAAGGAUGGUGGCCAAGGAGGUGGCCAAGGAGGUGGCCAAGGAGGUGGCCAAGGAGGUGGCCAAGGAGGUGGCCAAGGAGGUGGCCAAGGAGGUGGCCAAGGAGGUGGCCAAGGAGGUGGCCAAGGAGGUGGCCAAGGAGGUGGCCAAGGAGGUGGCCAAGGAGGUGGCCAAGGAGGUGGCCAAGGAGGUGGCCAAGGAGGUGGCCAAGGAGGUGGCCAAGGAGGUGGCCAAGGAGGUGGCCAAGGAGGUGGCCAAGGAGGUGGCCAAGGAGGUGGCCAAGGAGGUGGCCAAGGAGGUGGCCAAGGAGGUGGCCAAGGAGGUGGCCAAGGAGGUGGCCAAGGAGGUGGCCAAGGAGGUGGCCAAGGAGGUGGCCAAGGAGGUGGCCAAGGAGGUGGCCAAGGAGGUGGCCAAGGAGGUGGCCAAGGAGGUGGCCAAGGAGGUGGCCAAGGAGGUGGCCAAGGAGGUGGCCAAGGAGGUGGCCAAGGAGGUGGCCAAGGAGGUGGCCAAGGAGGUGGCCAAGGAGGUGGCCAAGGAGGUGGCCAAGGGAGGUGGCCAAGGAGGUGGCCAAGGAGGUGCCAAGGAGGUGGCCAAGGAGGUGGCCAAGGAGGUGGCCAAGGAGGUGGCCAAGGAGGUGGCCAAGGAGGAGGUGGCCAAGGAGGUGGCCAAGGAGGUGGCCAAGGAGGUGGCCAAGGAGGUGGCCAAGGAGGUGGCCAAGGAGUGGCCAAGGAGGUGGCCCAAGGAGGUGGCCAAGGGAGGUGCCAAGGAGGUGGCCAAGGAGGUGGCCAAGGAGGUGGCCAAGGAGGUGGCCAAGGAGGUGGCCAAGGAGGUGGCCAAGGAGGUGGCCAAGGAGGUGGCCAAGGAGGUGGCCAAGGAGGUGGCCAAGGAGGUGGCCAAGGAGGUGGCCAAGGAGGUGGCCAAGGAGGUGGCCAAGGAGGUGGCCAAGGAGGUGGCCAAGGGGGAGGUGGCCAAGGAGGUGGCCAAGGAGGUGGCCAAGGAGGUGGCCAAGGAGGUGGCCAAGGAGGUGGCCAAGGAGGUGGCCAAGGAGGUGGCCAAGGAGGUGGCCAAGGAGGUGGCCAAGGAGGUGGCCAAGGAGGUGGCCAAGGAGGUGGCCAAGGAGGUGGCCAAGGAGGUGGCCAAGGAGGUGGCCAAGGAGGUGGCCAAGGAGGUGGCCAAGGAGGUGGCCAAGGAGGUGGCCAAGGAGGUGGCCAAGGAGGUGGCCAAGGAGGUGGCCAAGGAGGUGGCCAAGGAGGUGGCCAAGGAGGUGGCCAAGGAGGUGGCCAAGGAGGUGGCCAAGGAGGUGGCCAAGGAGGUGGCCAAGGAGGUGGCCAAGGAGGUGGCCAAGGAGGUGGCCAAGGAGGUGGCCAAGGAGGUGGCCAAGGAGGUGGCCAAGGAGGUGGCCAAGGAGGUGGCCAAGGAGGUGGCCAAGGAGGUGGCCAAGGAGGUGGCCAAGGAGGUGGCCAAGGAGGUGGCCAAGGAGGUGGCCAAGGAGGUGGCCAAGGAGGUGGCCAAGGAGGUGGCCAAGGAGGUGGCCAAGGAGGUGGCCAAGGAGGUGGCCAAGGAGGUGGCCAAGGAGGUGGCCAAGGAGGUGGCCAAGGAGGUGGCCAAGGAGGUGGCCAAGGAGGUGGCCAAGGAGGUGGCCAAGGAGGUGGCCAAGGAGGGUGGCCAAGGAGGUGGCCAAGGAGGUGGCCAAGGAGGUGGCCAAGGAGGUGGCCAAGGAGGUGGCCAAGGAGGUGGCCAAGGAGGUGGCCAAGGAGGUGGCCAAGGAGGUGGCCAAGGAGGUGGCCAAGGAGGUGGCCAAGGAGGUGGCCAAGGAGGUGGCCAAGGAGGUGGCAAGGAGGUGGCCAAGGAGGUGGCCAAGGAGGUGGCCAAGGAGGUGGCCAAGGAGGUGGCCAAGGAGGUGGCCAAGGAGGUGGCCAAGGAGGUGGCCAAGGAGGUGGCCAAGGAGGUGGCCAAGGAGGUGGCCAAGGAGGUGGCCAAGGAGGUGGCCAAGGAGGUGGCCAAGGAGGUGGCCAAGGAGGUGGCCAAGGAGGUGGCCAAGGAGGUGGCCAAGGAGGUGGCCAAGGAGGUGGCCAAGGAGGAGGUGGCCAAGGAGGUGGCCAAGGAGGUGGCCAAGGAGGUGGCCAAGGAGGUGGCCAAGGAGGUGGCCAAGGAGGUGGCCAAGGAGGUGGCCAAGGAGGUGGCCAAGGAGGUGGCCAAGGAGGUGGCCAAGGAGGUGGCCAAGGAGGUGGCCAAGGAGGUGGCCAAGGAGGUGGCCAAGGAGUGGCCAAGGAGGUGGCCAAGGAGGUGGCCAAGGAGGUGGCCAAGGAGGUGGCCAAGGAGGUGGCCAAGGAGGUGGCCAAGGAGGUGGCCAAGGAGGUGGCCCAAGGAGGUGGCCAAGGAGGUGGCCAAGGAGGUGGCCAAGGAGGUGGCCAAGGAGGUGGCCAAGGAGGUGGCCAAGGAGGUGGCCAAGGAGGUGGCCAAGGAGGUGGCCAAGGAGGUGGCCAAGGAGGUGGCCAAGGAGGUGGCCAAGGAGGUGGCCAAGGAGGUGGCCAAGGAGGUGGCCAAGGAGGUGGCCAAGGAGGUGGCCAAGGAGGUGGCCAAGGAGGUGGCCAAGGAGGUGGCCAAGGAGGUGGCCAAGGAGGUGGCCAAGGAGGUGGCCAAGGAGGUGGCCAAGGAGGUGGCCAAGGAGGUGGCCAAGGAGGUGGCCAAGGAGGUGGCCAAGGAGGUGGCCAAGGAGGUGGCCAAGGAGGUGGCCAAGGAGGUGGCCAAGGAGGUGGCCAAGGAGGUGGCCAAGGAGGUGGCCAAGGAGGUGGCCAAGGAGGUGGCCAAGGAGGUGGCCAAGGAGGUGGCCAAGGAGGUGGCCAAGGAGGUGGCCAAGGAGGUGGCCAAGGAGGUGGCCAAGGAGGUGGCCAAGGAGGUGGCCAAGGAGGUGGCCAAGGAGGUGGCCAAGGAGGUGGCCAAGGAGGUGGCCAAGGAGGUGGCCAAGGAGGUGGCCAAGGAGGUGGCCAAGGAGGUGGCCAAGGAGGUGGCCAAGGAGGUGGCCAAGGAGGUGGCCAAGGAGGUGGCCAAGGAGGUGGCCAAGGAGGUGGCCAAGGAGGUGGCCAAGGAGGUGGCCAAGGAGGUGGCCAAGGAGGUGGCCAAGGAGGUGGCCAAGGAGGUGGCCAAGGAGGUGGCCAAGGAGGUGGCCAAGGAGGUGGCCAAGGAGGUGGCCAAGGAGGUGGCCAAGGAGGUGGCCAAGGAGGUGGCCAAGGAGGUGGCCAAGGAGGUGGCCAAGGAGGUGGCCAAGGAGGUGGCCAAGGAGGUGGCCAAGGAGGUGGCCAAGGAGGUGGCCAAGGAGGUGGCCAAGGAGGUGGCCAAGGAGGUGGCCAAGGAGGUGGCCAAGGAGGUGGCCAAGGAGGUGGCCAAGGAGGUGGCCAAGGAGGUGGCCAAGGAGGUGGCCAAGGAGGUGGCCAAGGAGGUGGCCAAGGAGGUGGCCAAGGAGGUGGCCAAGGAGGUGGCCAAGGAGGUGGCCAAGGAGGUGGCCAAGGAGGUGGCCAAGGAGGUGGCCAAGGAGGUGGCCAAGGAGGUGGCCAAGGAGGUGGCAAGGAGGGUGGCCAAGGAGGUGGCCAAGAGGUGGCCAAGGAGGUGGCCAAGGAGGUGGCCAAGGAGGUGGCCAGGAGGUGGCCAAGGAGGUGGCCAAGGAGGUGGCCAAGGAGGUGGCCAAGGAGGUGGCCAAGGAGGUGGGCCAAGGAGUGGCCAAGGAGGUGGCCAAGGAGGUGGCCAAGGAGGUGGCCAGGAGGUGGCCCAGGAGGUGGCCAAGGAGGUGGCCAAGGAGGUGGCCAAGGAGGUGGCCAAGGAGGUGGCCAAGGAGGUGGCCACGGAGGUGGCCAAGGAGGUGGCCCAAGGAGGUGGCCAAGGAGGUGGCCAAGGAGGUGGCCAGGAGGUGCCAAGAGGGUGGCCAAGGAGGGGUGGCCAAGGAGGUGGCCAAGGAGGUGGCCCAGGAGGUGGCCUAAUGGAGGUGGCCAAGGAGGUGGCCAAGGAGGUGGCCAAGGAGGUGGCCAAGGAGGUGGCCAAGGAGGUGGCAAGGAGGUGGCCAAGGAGGUGGCCAAGGAGGUGGCCAAGGAGGUGGCCAAGGAGGUGGCCAAGGAGGUGGCCAAGGAGGUGGCCAAGGAGGUGGCCAGAGGUGGCCAAGGAGGUGGCCAAGGAGGUGGCCAAGGAGGUGGCCAAGGAGGUGGCCAAGGAGGUGGCCAAGGAGGUGGCCAAGGAGGUGGCCAAGGAGGUGGCCAAGGAGGUGGCCAAGGAGGUGGCCAAGGAGGUGGCCAAGGAGGUGGCCAAGGAGGUGGCCAAGGAGGUGGCCAAGGAGGUGGCCAAGGAGGUGGCCAAGGAGGUGGCCAAGGAGGUGGCCAAGGAGGUGGCCAAGGAGGUGGCCAAGGAGGUGGCCAAGGAGGUGGCCAAGGAGGUUGGCAAGGAGGUGGCCAAGGAGGGGCCAAGGAGGUGGCCAAGGAGGUGGCCAGGAGGUGGCCAAGGAGGUGGCCAAGGAGGUGGCAAGGAGGUGGCCAAGGAGGUGGCCAAGGAGGUGGCCAAGGAGGUGGCCAAGGAGGUGGCCAAGGAGGUGGCCAAGGAGGUGGCCAAGGAGGUGGCCAAGGAGGUGGCCAAGGGAGGUGGCCAAGGAGGUGGGCCAAGGAGGUGGCCAAGGAGGUGGCCAAGGAGGUGGCCAAGGAGGUGGCCAAGGAGGUGGCCAAGGAGGUGGCCAAGGAGGUGCCAGGAGGUGGCCAAGGAGGUGGCCAAGGAGGUGGCCAAGGAGGUGGCCAAGGAGGUGGCCAAGGAGGUGGCAAGGAGGUGGCCAAGGAGGUGGCCAAGGAGGUGGCCAAGGAGGUUGGCCAAGGAGGUGGCCAAGGAGGUGGGCCAAGGAGGUGGCCAAGGAGGUGGCCAAGGAGGUGGCCAAGGAGGUGGCCAAGGAGGUGGCCAAGGAGGUGGCCAAGGAGGUGGCCAAGAGGUGGCCAAGGAGGUGGCCAAGGAAGGUGGCCAAAGGAGGUGCCAAGGAGGUGGCCAAGGAGGUGGCCAAGGAGGUGGCCAAGGAGGUGGCCAAGGAGGUGGCCAAGGAGGUGGCCAAGGAGGUGGCCAAGGAGGUGGCCAAGGAGGUGGCCAAGGAGGUGGCCAAGGAGGUGGCCAAGGAGGUGGCCAAGGAGGUGGCCAAGGAGGUGGCCAGGAGGUGGCCAAGGAGGUGGCCAAGGAGGUGGCCAAGGAGGUGGCCAAGGAGGUGGCCAAGGAGGUGGCCAAGGAGGUGGCCAAGGAGGUGGCCAAGGAGGUGGCCAAGGAGGUGGCCAAGGAGGUGGCCAAGGAGGUGGCCAAGGAGGUGGCCAAGGAGGUGGCCAAGGAGGUGGCCAAGGAGGUGGCCAAGGAGGUGGCCAAGGAGGUGGCCAAGGAGGUGGCCAAGGAGGUGGCCAAGGAGGUGGCCAAGGAGGUGGCCAAGGAGGUGGCCAAGGAGGUGGCCAAGGAGGUGGCCAAGGAGGUGGCCAAGGAGGUGGCCAAGGAGGUGGCCAAGGAGGUGCAAGGAGGUGGCCAAGGAGGUGGCCAAGGAGGUGGCCAAGGAGGUGGCCAAGGAGGUGGCCAAGGAGGUGCCAAGGAGGGUGGCCAAGGAGGUGGCCAAGGAGGUGGCCAAGGAGGUGGCCAAGGAGGUGGCCAAGGAGGUGGCCAAGGAGGGUGGCCAAGGAGGUGGCCAAGGAGGUGGCCAAGGAGGUGGCCAAGGAGGUGGCCAAGGAGGUGGCCAAGGAGGUGGCCAAGGAGGUGGCCAAGGAGGUGGCCAAGGAGGUGGCCAAGGAGGUGCCAAGGAGGUGGCCAAGGAGGUGGCCAAGGAGGUGGCAAGGAGGUGGCCAAGGAGGUGGCCAAGGAGGUGGCCAAGGAGGUGGCCAAGGAGGUGGCCAAGGAGGUGGCAAGGAGGUGGCCAAGUGAGGUGGCCAAGGAGGUGGCCAAGGAGGUGGCCAAGGAGGUGGCAAGGAGGUGGCCAAGGAGGGGGCCAAGGAGGGAGGUGGCCAAGGAGGUGGCCAAGGAGGUGGCCAAGGAGGUGGCCAAGGAGGUGGCCAAGGAGGUGGCCACGGAGGAGGUGGCCAAGGAGGUGGCCAAGGAGGUGGCCAAGGAGGUGGCCAAGGAGGUGGCCAAGGAGGUGGCCAAGGAGGUGGCCAAGGAGGUGGCCAAGGAGGUGGCCAAGGAGGUGGCCAAGGAGGUGGCCAAGGAGGUGGCCAAGGAGGUGGCCAAGGAGGUGGCCAAGGAGGUGGCCAAGGAGGUGGCCAAGGAGGUGGCCAAGGAGGUGGCCAAGGAGGUGGCCAAGGAGGUGGCCAAGGAGGUGGCCAAGGAGGUGGCCAAGGAGGUGGCCAAGGAGGUGGCCAAGGAGGUGGCCAAGGAGGUGGCCAAGGAGGUGGCCAAGGAGGUGGCCAAGGAGGUGGCCAAGGAGGUGGCCAAGGAGGUGGCCAAGGAGGUGGCCAAGGAGGUGGCCAAGGAGGUGGCCAAGGAGGUGGCCAAGGAGGUGGCCAAGGAGGUGGCCAAGGAGGUGGCCAAGGAGGUGGCCAAGGAGGUGGCCAAGGAGGUGGCCAAGGAGGUGGCCAAGGAGGUGGCCAAGGAGGUGGCCAAGGAGGUGGCCAAGGAGGUGGCCAAGGAGGUGGCCAAGGAGGUGGCCAAGGAGGUGGCCAAGGAGGUGGCCAAGGAGGUGGCCAAGGAGGUGGCCAAGGAGGUGGCCAAGGAGGUGGCCAAGGAGGUGGCCAAGGAGGUGGCCAAGGAGGUGGCCAAGGAGGUGGCCAAGGAGGUGGCCAAGGAGGUGGCCAAGGAGGUGGCCAAGGAGGUGGCCAAGGAGGUGGCCAAGGAGGUGGCCAAGGAGGUGGCCAAGGAGGUGGCCAAGGAGGUGGCCAAGGAGGUGGCCAAGGAGGUGGCCAAGGAGGUGGCCAAGGAGGUGGCCAAGGAGGUGGCCAAGGAGGUGGCCAAGGAGGUGGCCAAGGAGGUGGCCAAGGAGGUGGCCAAGGAGGUGGCCAAGGAGGUGGCCAAGGAGGUGGCCAAGGAGGUGGCCAAGGAGGUGGCCAAGGAGGUGGCCAAGGAGGUGGCCAAGGAGGUGGCCAAGGAGGUGGCCAAGGAGGUGGCCAAGGAGGUGGCCAAGGAGGUGGCCAAGGAGGUGGCCAAGGAGGUGGCCAAGGAGGUGGCCAAGGAGGUGGCCAAGGAGGUGGCCAAGGAGGUGGCCAAGGAGGUGGCCAAGGAGGUGGCCAAGGAGGUGGCCAAGGAGGUGGCCAAGGAGGUGGCCAAGGAGGUGGCCAAGGAGGUGGCCAAGGAGGUGGCCAAGGAGGUGGCCAAGGAGGUGGCCAAGGAGGUGGCCAAGGAGGUGGCCAAGGAGGUGGCCAAGGAGGUGGCCAAGGAGGUGGCCAAGGAGGUGGCCAAGGAGGUGGCCAAGGAGGUGGCCAAGGAGGUGGCCAAGGAGGUGGCCAAGGAGGUGGCCAAGGAGGUGGCCAAGGAGGUGGCCAAGGAGGUGGCCAAGGAGGUGGCCAAGGAGGUGGCCAAGGAGGUGGCCAAGGAGGUGGCCAAGGAGGUGGCCAAGGAGGUGGCCAAGGAGGUGGCCAAGGAGGUGGCCAAGGAGGUGGCCAAGGAGGUGGCCAAGGAGGUGGCCAAGGAGGUGGCCAAGGAGGUGGCCAAGGAGGUGGCCAAGGAGGUGGCCAAGGAGGUGGCCAAGGAGGUGGCCAAGGAGGAGGUGGCCAAGGAGGUGGCCAAGGAGGUGGCCAAGGAGGUGGCCAAGGAGGUGGCCAAGGAGGUGGCCAAGGAGGUGGCCAAGGAGGUGGCCAAGGAGGUGGCCAAGGAGGUGGCCAAGGAGGUGGCCAAGGAGGUGGCCAAGGAGGUGGCCAAGGAGGUGGCCAAGGAGGUGGCCAAGGAGGUGGCCAAGGAGGUGGCCAAGGAGGUGGCCAAGGAGGUGGCCAAGGAGGUGGCCAAGGAGGUGGCCAAGGAGGUGGCCAAGGAGGUGGCCAAGGAGGUGGCCAAGGAGGUGGCCAAGGAGGUGGCCAAGGAGGUGGCCAAGGAGGUGGCCAAGGAGGUGGCCAAGGAGGUGGCCAAGGAGGUGGCCAAGGAGGUGGCCAAGGAGGUGGCCAAGGAGGUGGCCAAGGAGGUGGCCAAGGAGGUGGCCAAGGAGGUGGCCAAGGAGGUGGCCAAGGAGGUGGCCAAGGAGGUGGCCAAGGAGGUGGCCAAGGAGGUGGCCAAGGAGGUGGCCAAGGAGGUGGCCAAGGAGGUGGCCAAGGAGGUGGCCAAGGAGGUGGCCAAGGAGGUGGCCAAGGAGGUGGCCAAGGAGGUGGCCAAGGAGGUGGCCAAGGAGGUGGCCAAGGAGGUGGCCAAGGAGGUGGCCAAGGAGGUGGCCAAGGAGGUGGCCAAGGAGGUGGCCAAGGAGGUGGCCAAGGAGGUGGCCAAGGAGGUGGCCAAGGAGGUGGCCAAGGAGGUGGCCAAGGAGGUGGCCAAGGAGGUGGCCAAGGAGGUGGCCAAGGAGGUGGCCAAGGAGGUGGCCAAGGAGGUGGCCAAGGAGGUGGCCAAGGAGGUGGCCAAGGAGGUGGCCAAGGAGGUGGCCAAGGAGGUGGCCAAGGAGGUGGCCAAGGAGGUGGCCAAGGAGGUGGCCAAGGAGGUGGCCAAGGAGGUGGCCAAGGAGGUGGCCAAGGAGGUGGCCAAGGAGGUGGCCAAGGAGGUGGCCAAGGAGGUGGCCAAGGAGGUGGCCAAGGAGGUGGCCAAGGAGGUGGCCAAGGAGGUGGCCAAGGAGGUGGCCAAGGAGGUGGCCAAGGAGGUGGCCAAGGAGGUGGCCAAGGAGGUGGCCAAGGAGGUGGCCAAGGAGGUGGCCAAGGAGGUGGCCAAGGAGGUGGCCAAGGAGGUGGCCAAGGAGGUGGCCAAGGAGGUGGCCAAGGAGGUGGCCAAGGAGGUGGCCAAGGAGGUGGCCAAGGAGGUGGCCAAGGAGGUGGCCAAGGAGGUGGCCAAGGAGGUGGCCAAGGAGGUGGCCAAGGAGGUGGCCAAGGAGGUGGCCAAGGAGGUGGCCAAGGAGGUGGCCAAGGAGGUGGCCAAGGAGGUGGCCAAGGAGGUGGCCAAGGAGGUGGCCAAGGAGGUGGCCAAGGAGGUGGCCAAGGAGGUGGCCAAGGAGGUGGCCAAGGAGGUGGCCAAGGAGGUGGCCAAGGAGGUGGCCAAGGAGGUGGCCAAGGAGGUGGCCAAGGAGGUGGCCAAGGAGGUGGCCAAGGAGGUGGCCAAGGAGGUGGCCAAGGAGGUGGCCAAGGAGGUGGCCAAGGAGGUGGCCAAGGAGGUGGCCAAGGAGGUGGCCAAGGAGGUGGCCAAGGAGGUGGCCAAGGAGGUGGCCAAGGAGGUGGCCAAGGAGGUGGCCAAGGAGGUGGCCAAGGAGGUGGCCAAGGAGGUGGCCAAGGAGGUGGCCAAGGAGGUGGCCAAGGAGGUGGCCAAGGAGGUGGCCAAGGAGGUGGCCAAGGAGGUGGCCAAGGAGGUGGCCAAGGAGGUGGCCAAGGAGGUGGCCAAGGAGGUGGCCAAGGAGGUGGCCAAGGAGGUGGCCAAGGAGGUGGCCAAGGAGGUGGCCAAGGAGGUGGCCAAGGAGGUGGCCAAGGAGGUGGCCAAGGAGGUGGCCAAGGAGGUGGCCAAGGAGGUGGCCAAGGAGGUGGCCAAGGAGGUGGCCAAGGAGGUGGCCAAGGAGGUGGCCAAGGAGGUGGCCAAGGAGGUGGCCAAGGAGGUGGCCAAGGAGGUGGCCAAGGAGGUGGCCAAGGAGGUGGCCAAGGAGGUGGCCAAGGAGGUGGCCAAGGAGGUGGCCAAGGAGGUGGCCAAGGAGGUGGCCAAGGAGGUGGCCAAGGAGGUGGCCAAGGAGGUGGCCAAGGAGGUGGCCAAGGAGGUGGCCAAGGAGGUGGCCAAGGAGGUGGCCAAGGAGGUGGCCAAGGAGGUGGCCAAGGAGGUGGCCAAGGAGGUGGCCAAGGAGGUGGCCAAGGAGGUGGCCAAGGAGGUGGCCAAGGAGGUGGCCAAGGAGGUGGCCAAGGAGGUGGCCAAGGAGGUGGCCAAGGAGGUGGCCAAGGAGGUGGCCAAGGAGGUGGCCAAGGAGGUGGCCAAGGAGGUGGCCAAGGAGGUGGCCAAGGAGGUGGCCAAGGAGGUGGCCAAGGAGGUGGCCAAGGAGGUGGCCAAGGAGGUGGCCAAGGAGGUGGCCAAGGAGGUGGCCAAGGAGGUGGCCAAGGAGGUGGCCAAGGAGGUGGCCAAGGAGGUGGCCAAGGAGGUGGCCAAGGAGGUGGCCAAGGAGGUGGCCAAGGAGGUGGCCAAGGAGGUGGCCAAGGAGGUGGCCAAGGAGGUGGCCAAGGAGGUGGCCAAGGAGGUGGCCAAGGAGGUGGCCAAGGAGGUGGCCAAGGAGGUGGCCAAGGAGGUGGCCAAGGAGGUGGCCAAGGAGGUGGCCAAGGAGGUGGCCAAGGAGGUGGCCAAGGAGGUGGCCAAGGAGGUGGCCAAGGAGGUGGCCAAGGAGGUGGCCAAGGAGGUGGCCAAGGAGGUGGCCAAGGAGGUGGCCAAGGAGGUGGCCAAGGAGGUGGCCAAGGAGGUGGCCAAGGAGGUGGCCAAGGAGGUGGCCAAGGAGGUGGCCAAGGAGGUGGCCAAGGAGGUGGCCAAGGAGGUGGCCAAGGAGGUGGCCAAGGAGGUGGCCAAGGAGGUGGCCAAGGAGGUGGCCAAGGAGGUGGCCAAGGAGGUGGCCAAGGAGGUGGCCAAGGAGGUGGCCAAGGAGGUGGCCAAGGAGGUGGCCAAGGAGGUGGCCAAGGAGGUGGCCAAGGAGGUGGCCAAGGAGGUGGCCAAGGAGGUGGCCAAGGAGGUGGCCAAGGAGGUGGCCAAGGAGGUGGCCAAGGAGGUGGCCAAGGAGGUGGCCAAGGAGGUGGCCAAGGAGGUGGCCAAGGAGGUGGCCAAGGAGGUGGCCAAGGAGGUGGCCAAGGAGGUGGCCAAGGAGGUGGCCAAGGAGGUGGCCAAGGAGGUGGCCAAGGAGGUGGCCAAGGAGGUGGCCAAGGAGGUGGCCAAGGAGGUGGCCAAGGAGGUGGCCAAGGAGGUGGCCAAGGAGGUGGCCAAGGAGGUGGCCAAGGAGGUGGCCAAGGAGGUGGCCAAGGAGGUGGCCAAGGAGGUGGCCAAGGAGGUGGCCAAGGAGGUGGCCAAGGAGGUGGCCAAGGAGGUGGCCAAGGAGGUGGCCAAGGAGGUGGCCAAGGAGGUGGCCAAGGAGGUGGCCAAGGAGGUGGCCAAGGAGGUGGCCAAGGAGGUGGCCAAGGAGGUGGCCAAGGAGGUGGCCAAGGAGGUGGCCAAGGAGGUGGCCAAGGAGGUGGCCAAGGAGGUGGCCAAGGAGGUGGCCAAGGAGGUGGCCAAGGAGGUGGCCAAGGAGGUGGCCAAGGAGGUGGCCAAGGAGGUGGCCAAGGAGGUGGCCAAGGAGGUGGCCAAGGAGGUGGCCAAGGAGGUGGCCAAGGAGGUGGCCAAGGAGGUGGCCAAGGAGGUGGCCAAGGAGGUGGCCAAGGAGGUGGCCAAGGAGGUGGCCAAGGAGGUGGCCAAGGAGGUGGCCAAGGAGGUGGCCAAGGAGGUGGCCAAGGAGGUGGCCAAGGAGGUGGCCAAGGAGGUGGCCAAGGAGGUGGCCAAGGAGGUGGCCAAGGAGGUGGCCAAGGAGGUGGCCAAGGAGGUGGCCAAGGAGGUGGCCAAGGAGGUGGCCAAGGAGGUGGCCAAGGAGGUGGCCAAGGAGGUGGCCAAGGAGGUGGCCAAGGAGGUGGCCAAGGAGGUGGCCAAGGAGGUGGCCAAGGAGGUGGCCAAGGAGGUGGCCAAGGAGGUGGCCAAGGAGGUGGCCAAGGAGGUGGCCAAGGAGGUGGCCAAGGAGGUGGCCAAGGAGGUGGCCAAGGAGGUGGCCAAGGAGGUGGCCAAGGAGGUGGCCAAGGAGGUGGCCAAGGAGGUGGCCAAGGAGGUGGCCAAGGAGGUGGCCAAGGAGGUGGCCAAGGAGGUGGCCAAGGAGGUGGCCAAGGAGGUGGCCAAGGAGGUGGCCAAGGAGGUGGCCAAGGAGGUGGCCAAGGAGGUGGCCAAGGAGGUGGCCAAGGAGGUGGCCAAGGAGGUGGCCAAGGAGGUGGCCAAGGAGGUGGCCAAGGAGGUGGCCAAGGAGGUGGCCAAGGAGGUGGCCAAGGAGGUGGCCAAGGAGGUGGCCAAGGAGGUGGCCAAGGAGGUGGCCAAGGAGGUGGCCAAGGAGGUGGCCAAGGAGGUGGCCAAGGAGGUGGCCAAGGAGGUGGCCAAGGAGGUGGCCAAGGAGGUGGCCAAGGAGGUGGCCAAGGAGGUGGCCAAGGAGGUGGCCAAGGAGGUGGCCAAGGAGGUGGCCAAGGAGGUGGCCAAGGAGGUGGCCAAGGAGGUGGCCAAGGAGGUGGCCAAGGAGGUGGCCAAGGAGGUGGCCAAGGAGGUGGCCAAGGAGGUGGCCAAGGAGGUGGCCAAGGAGGUGGCCAAGGAGGUGGCCAAGGAGGUGGCCAAGGAGGUGGCCAAGGAGGUGGCCAAGGAGGUGGCCAAGGAGGUGGCCAAGGAGGUGGCCAAGGAGGUGGCCAAGGAGGUGGCCAAGGAGGUGGCCAAGGAGGUGGCCAAGGAGGUGGCCAAGGAGGUGGCCAAGGAGGUGGCCAAGGAGGUGGCCAAGGAGGUGGCCAAGGAGGUGGCCAAGGAGGUGGCCAAGGAGGUGGCCAAGGAGGUGGCCAAGGAGGUGGCCAAGGAGGUGGCCAAGGAGGUGGCCAAGGAGGUGGCCAAGGAGGUGGCCAAGGAGGUGGCCAAGGAGGUGGCCAAGGAGGUGGCCAAGGAGGUGGCCAAGGAGGUGGCCAAGGAGGUGGCCAAGGAGGUGGCCAAGGAGGUGGCCAAGGAGGUGGCCAAGGAGGUGGCCAAGGAGGUGGCCAAGGAGGUGGCCAAGGAGGUGGCCAAGGAGGUGGCCAAGGAGGUGGCCAAGGAGGUGGCCAAGGAGGUGGCCAAGGAGGUGGCCAAGGAGGUGGCCAAGGAGGUGGCCAAGGAGGUGGCCAAGGAGGUGGCCAAGGAGGUGGCCAAGGAGGUGGCCAAGGAGGUGGCCAAGGAGGUGGCCAAGGAGGUGGCCAAGGAGGUGGCCAAGGAGGUGGCCAAGGAGGUGGCCAAGGAGGUGGCCAAGGAGGUGGCCAAGGAGGUGGCCAAGGAGGUGGCCAAGGAGGUGGCCAAGGAGGUGGCCAAGGAGGUGGCCAAGGAGGUGGCCAAGGAGGUGGCCAAGGAGGUGGCCAAGGAGGUGGCCAAGGAGGUGGCCAAGGAGGUGGCCAAGGAGGUGGCCAAGGAGGUGGCCAAGGAGGUGGCCAAGGAGGUGGCCAAGGAGGUGGCCAAGGAGGUGGCCAAGGAGGUGGCCAAGGAGGUGGCCAAGGAGGUGGCCAAGGAGGUGGCCAAGGAGGUGGCCAAGGAGGUGGCCAAGGAGGUGGCCAAGGAGGUGGCCAAGGAGGUGGCCAAGGAGGUGGCCAAGGAGGUGGCCAAGGAGGUGGCCAAGGAGGUGGCCAAGGAGGUGGCCAAGGAGGUGGCCAAGGAGGUGGCCAAGGAGGUGGCCAAGGAGGUGGCCAAGGAGGUGGCCAAGGAGGUGGCCAAGGAGGUGGCCAAGGAGGUGGCCAAGGAGGUGGCCAAGGAGGUGGCCAAGGAGGUGGCCAAGGAGGUGGCCAAGGAGGUGGCCAAGGAGGUGGCCAAGGAGGUGGCCAAGGAGGUGGCCAAGGAGGUGGCCAAGGAGGUGGCCAAGGAGGUGGCCAAGGAGGUGGCCAAGGAGGUGGCCAAGGAGGUGGCCAAGGAGGUGGCCAAGGAGGUGGCCAAGGAGGUGGCCAAGGAGGUGGCCAAGGAGGUGGCCAAGGAGGUGGCCAAGGAGGUGGCCAAGGAGGUGGCCAAGGAGGUGGCCAAGGAGGUGGCCAAGGAGGUGGCCAAGGAGGUGGCCAAGGAGGUGGCCAAGGAGGUGGCCAAGGAGGUGGCCAAGGAGGUGGCCAAGGAGGUGGCCAAGGAGGUGGCCAAGGAGGUGGCCAAGGAGGUGGCCAAGGAGGUGGCCAAGGAGGUGGCCAAGGAGGUGGCCAAGGAGGUGGCCAAGGAGGUGGCCAAGGAGGUGGCCAAGGAGGUGGCCAAGGAGGUGGCCAAGGAGGUGGCCAAGGAGGUGGCCAAGGAGGUGGCCAAGGAGGUGGCCAAGGAGGUGGCCAAGGAGGUGGCCAAGGAGGUGGCCAAGGAGGUGGCCAAGGAGGUGGCCAAGGAGGUGGCCAAGGAGGUGGCCAAGGAGGUGGCCAAGGAGGUGGCCAAGGAGGUGGCCAAGGAGGUGGCCAAGGAGGUGGCCAAGGAGGUGGCCAAGGAGGUGGCCAAGGAGGUGGCCAAGGAGGUGGCCAAGGAGGUGGCCAAGGAGGUGGCCAAGGAGGUGGCCAAGGAGGUGGCCAAGGAGGUGGCCAAGGAGGUGGCCAAGGAGGUGGCCAAGGAGGUGGCCAAGGAGGUGGCCAAGGAGGUGGCCAAGGAGGUGGCCAAGGAGGUGGCCAAGGAGGUGGCCAAGGAGGUGGCCAAGGAGGUGGCCAAGGAGGUGGCCAAGGAGGUGGCCAAGGAGGUGGCCAAGGAGGUGGCCAAGGAGGUGGCCAAGGAGGUGGCCAAGGAGGUGGCCAAGGAGGUGGCCAAGGAGGUGGCCAAGGAGGUGGCCAAGGAGGUGGCCAAGGAGGUGGCCAAGGAGGUGGCCAAGGAGGUGGCCAAGGAGGUGGCCAAGGAGGUGGCCAAGGAGGUGGCCAAGGAGGUGGCCAAGGAGGUGGCCAAGGAGGUGGCCAAGGAGGUGGCCAAGGAGGUGGCCAAGGAGGUGGCCAAGGAGGUGGCCAAGGAGGUGGCCAAGGAGGUGGCCAAGGAGGUGGCCAAGGAGGUGGCCAAGGAGGUGGCCAAGGAGGUGGCCAAGGAGGUGGCCAAGGAGGUGGCCAAGGAGGUGGCCAAGGAGGUGGCCAAGGAGGUGGCCAAGGAGGUGGCCAAGGAGGUGGCCAAGGAGGUGGCCAAGGAGGUGGCCAAGGAGGUGGCCAAGGAGGUGGCCAAGGAGGUGGCCAAGGAGGUGGCCAAGGAGGUGGCCAAGGAGGUGGCCAAGGAGGUGGCCAAGGAGGUGGCCAAGGAGGUGGCCAAGGAGGUGGCCAAGGAGGUGGCCAAGGAGGUGGCCAAGGAGGUGGCCAAGGAGGUGGCCAAGGAGGUGGCCAAGGAGGUGGCCAAGGAGGUGGCCAAGGAGGUGGCCAAGGAGGUGGCCAAGGAGGUGGCCAAGGAGGUGGCCAAGGAGGUGGCCAAGGAGGUGGCCAAGGAGGUGGCCAAGGAGGUGGCCAAGGAGGUGGCCAAGGAGGUGGCCAAGGAGGUGGCCAAGGAGGUGGCCAAGGAGGUGGCCAAGGAGGUGGCCAAGGAGGUGGCCAAGGAGGUGGCCAAGGAGGUGGCCAAGGAGGUGGCCAAGGAGGUGGCCAAGGAGGUGGCCAAGGAGGUGGCCAAGGAGGUGGCCAAGGAGGUGGCCAAGGAGGUGGCCAAGGAGGUGGCCAAGGAGGUGGCCAAGGAGGUGGCCAAGGAGGUGGCCAAGGAGGUGGCCAAGGAGGUGGCCAAGGAGGUGGCCAAGGAGGUGGCCAAGGAGGUGGCCAAGGAGGUGGCCAAGGAGGUGGCCAAGGAGGUGGCCAAGGAGGUGGCCAAGGAGGUGGCCAAGGAGGUGGCCAAGGAGGUGGCCAAGGAGGUGGCCAAGGAGGUGGCCAAGGAGGUGGCCAAGGAGGUGGCCAAGGAGGUGGCCAAGGAGGUGGCCAAGGAGGUGGCCAAGGAGGUGGCCAAGGAGGUGGCCAAGGAGGUGGCCAAGGAGGUGGCCAAGGAGGUGGCCAAGGAGGUGGCCAAGGAGGUGGCCAAGGAGGUGGCCAAGGAGGUGGCCAAGGAGGUGGCCAAGGAGGUGGCCAAGGAGGUGGCCAAGGAGGUGGCCAAGGAGGUGGCCAAGGAGGUGGCCAAGGAGGUGGCCAAGGAGGUGGCCAAGGAGGUGGCCAAGGAGGUGGCCAAGGAGGUGGCCAAGGAGGUGGCCAAGGAGGUGGCCAAGGAGGUGGCCAAGGAGGUGGCCAAGGAGGUGGCCAAGGAGGUGGCCAAGGAGGUGGCCAAGGAGGUGGCCAAGGAGGUGGCCAAGGAGGUGGCCAAGGAGGUGGCCAAGGAGGUGGCCAAGGAGGUGGCCAAGGAGGUGGCCAAGGAGGUGGCCAAGGAGGUGGCCAAGGAGGUGGCCAAGGAGGUGGCCAAGGAGGUGGCCAAGGAGGUGGCCAAGGAGGUGGCCAAGGAGGUGGCCAAGGAGGUGGCCAAGGAGGUGGCCAAGGAGGUGGCCAAGGAGGUGGCCAAGGAGGUGGCCAAGGAGGUGGCCAAGGAGGUGGCCAAGGAGGUGGCCAAGGAGGUGGCCAAGGAGGUGGCCAAGGAGGUGGCCAAGGAGGUGGCCAAGGAGGUGGCCAAGGAGGUGGCCAAGGAGGUGGCCAAGGAGGUGGCCAAGGAGGUGGCCAAGGAGGUGGCCAAGGAGGUGGCCAAGGAGGUGGCCAAGGAGGUGGCCAAGGAGGUGGCCAAGGAGGUGGCCAAGGAGGUGGCCAAGGAGGUGGCCAAGGAGGUGGCCAAGGAGGUGGCCAAGGAGGUGGCCAAGGAGGUGGCCAAGGAGGUGGCCAAGGAGGUGGCCAAGGAGGUGGCCAAGGAGGUGGCCAAGGAGGUGGCCAAGGAGGUGGCCAAGGAGGUGGCCAAGGAGGUGGCCAAGGAGGUGGCCAAGGAGGUGGCCAAGGAGGUGGCCAAGGAGGUGGCCAAGGAGGUGGCCAAGGAGGUGGCCAAGGAGGUGGCCAAGGAGGUGGCCAAGGAGGUGGCCAAGGAGGUGGCCAAGGAGGUGGCCAAGGAGGUGGCCAAGGAGGUGGCCAAGGAGGUGGCCAAGGAGGUGGCCAAGGAGGUGGCCAAGGAGGUGGCCAAGGAGGUGGCCAAGGAGGUGGCCAAGGAGGUGGCCAAGGAGGUGGCCAAGGAGGUGGCCAAGGAGGUGGCCAAGGAGGUGGCCAAGGAGGUGGCCAAGGAGGUGGCCAAGGAGGUGGCCAAGGAGGUGGCCAAGGAGGUGGCCAAGGAGGUGGCCAAGGAGGUGGCCAAGGAGGUGGCCAAGGAGGUGGCCAAGGAGGUGGCCAAGGAGGUGGCCAAGGAGGUGGCCAAGGAGGUGGCCAAGGAGGUGGCCAAGGAGGUGGCCAAGGAGGUGGCCAAGGAGGUGGCCAAGGAGGUGGCCAAGGAGGUGGCCAAGGAGGUGGCCAAGGAGGUGGCCAAGGAGGUGGCCAAGGAGGUGGCCAAGGAGGUGGCCAAGGAGGUGGCCAAGGAGGUGGCCAAGGAGGUGGCCAAGGAGGUGGCCAAGGAGGUGGCCAAGGAGGUGGCCAAGGAGGUGGCCAAGGAGGUGGCCAAGGAGGUGGCCAAGGAGGUGGCCAAGGAGGUGGCCAAGGAGGUGGCCAAGGAGGUGGCCAAGGAGGUGGCCAAGGAGGUGGCCAAGGAGGUGGCCAAGGAGGUGGCCAAGGAGGUGGCCAAGGAGGUGGCCAAGGAGGUGGCCAAGGAGGUGGCCAAGGAGGUGGCCAAGGAGGUGGCCAAGGAGGUGGCCAAGGAGGUGGCCAAGGAGGUGGCCAAGGAGGUGGCCAAGGAGGUGGCCAAGGAGGUGGCCAAGGAGGUGGCCAAGGAGGUGGCCAAGGAGGUGGCCAAGGAGGUGGCCAAGGAGGUGGCCAAGGAGGUGGCCAAGGAGGUGGCCAAGGAGGUGGCCAAGGAGGUGGCCAAGGAGGUGGCCAAGGAGGUGGCCAAGGAGGUGGCCAAGGAGGUGGCCAAGGAGGUGGCCAAGGAGGUGGCCAAGGAGGUGGCCAAGGAGGUGGCCAAGGAGGUGGCCAAGGAGGUGGCCAAGGAGGUGGCCAAGGAGGUGGCCAAGGAGGUGGCCAAGGAGGUGGCCAAGGAGGUGGCCAAGGAGGUGGCCAAGGAGGUGGCCAAGGAGGUGGCCAAGGAGGUGGCCAAGGAGGUGGCCAAGGAGGUGGCCAAGGAGGUGGCCAAGGAGGUGGCCAAGGAGGUGGCCAAGGAGGUGGCCAAGGAGGUGGCCAAGGAGGUGGCCAAGGAGGUGGCCAAGGAGGUGGCCAAGGAGGUGGCCAAGGAGGUGGCCAAGGAGGUGGCCAAGGAGGUGGCCAAGGAGGUGGCCAAGGAGGUGGCCAAGGAGGUGGCCAAGGAGGUGGCCAAGGAGGUGGCCAAGGAGGUGGCCAAGGAGGUGGCCAAGGAGGUGGCCAAGGAGGUGGCCAAGGAGGUGGCCAAGGAGGUGGCCAAGGAGGUGGCCAAGGAGGUGGCCAAGGAGGUGGCCAAGGAGGUGGCCAAGGAGGUGGCCAAGGAGGUGGCCAAGGAGGUGGCCAAGGAGGUGGCCAAGGAGGUGGCCAAGGAGGUGGCCAAGGAGGUGGCCAAGGAGGUGGCCAAGGAGGUGGCCAAGGAGGUGGCCAAGGAGGUGGCCAAGGAGGUGGCCAAGGAGGUGGCCAAGGAGGUGGCCAAGGAGGUGGCCAAGGAGGUGGCCAAGGAGGUGGCCAAGGAGGUGGCCAAGGAGGUGGCCAAGGAGGUGGCCAAGGAGGUGGCCAAGGAGGUGGCCAAGGAGGUGGCCAAGGAGGUGGCCAAGGAGGUGGCCAAGGAGGUGGCCAAGGAGGUGGCCAAGGAGGUGGCCAAGGAGGUGGCCAAGGAGGUGGCCAAGGAGGUGGCCAAGGAGGUGGCCAAGGAGGUGGCCAAGGAGGUGGCCAAGGAGGUGGCCAAGGAGGUGGCCAAGGAGGUGGCCAAGGAGGUGGCCAAGGAGGUGGCCAAGGAGGUGGCCAAGGAGGUGGCCAAGGAGGUGGCCAAGGAGGUGGCCAAGGAGGUGGCCAAGGAGGUGGCCAAGGAGGUGGCCAAGGAGGUGGCCAAGGAGGUGGCCAAGGAGGUGGCCAAGGAGGUGGCCAAGGAGGUGGCCAAGGAGGUGGCCAAGGAGGUGGCCAAGGAGGUGGCCAAGGAGGUGGCCAAGGAGGUGGCCAAGGAGGUGGCCAAGGAGGUGGCCAAGGAGGUGGCCAAGGAGGUGGCCAAGGAGGUGGCCAAGGAGGUGGCCAAGGAGGUGGCCAAGGAGGUGGCCAAGGAGGUGGCCAAGGAGGUGGCCAAGGAGGUGGCCAAGGAGGUGGCCAAGGAGGUGGCCAAGGAGGUGGCCAAGGAGGUGGCCAAGGAGGUGGCCAAGGAGGUGGCCAAGGAGGUGGCCAAGGAGGUGGCCAAGGAGGUGGCCAAGGAGGUGGCCAAGGAGGUGGCCAAGGAGGUGGCCAAGGAGGUGGCCAAGGAGGUGGCCAAGGAGGUGGCCAAGGAGGUGGCCAAGGAGGUGGCCAAGGAGGUGGCCAAGGAGGUGGCCAAGGAGGUGGCCAAGGAGGUGGCCAAGGAGGUGGCCAAGGAGGUGGCCAAGGAGGUGGCCAAGGAGGUGGCCAAGGAGGUGGCCAAGGAGGUGGCCAAGGAGGUGGCCAAGGAGGUGGCCAAGGAGGUGGCCAAGGAGGUGGCCAAGGAGGUGGCCAAGGAGGUGGCCAAGGAGGUGGCCAAGGAGGUGGCCAAGGAGGUGGCCAAGGAGGUGGCCAAGGAGGUGGCCAAGGAGGUGGCCAAGGAGGUGGCCAAGGAGGUGGCCAAGGAGGUGGCCAAGGAGGUGGCCAAGGAGGUGGCCAAGGAGGUGGCCAAGGAGGUGGCCAAGGAGGUGGCCAAGGAGGUGGCCAAGGAGGUGGCCAAGGAGGUGGCCAAGGAGGUGGCCAAGGAGGUGGCCAAGGAGGUGGCCAAGGAGGUGGCCAAGGAGGUGGCCAAGGAGGUGGCCAAGGAGGUGGCCAAGGAGGUGGCCAAGGAGGUGGCCAAGGAGGUGGCCAAGGAGGUGGCCAAGGAGGUGGCCAAGGAGGUGGCCAAGGAGGUGGCCAAGGAGGUGGCCAAGGAGGUGGCCAAGGAGGUGGCCAAGGAGGUGGCCAAGGAGGUGGCCAAGGAGGUGGCCAAGGAGGUGGCCAAGGAGGUGGCCAAGGAGGUGGCCAAGGAGGUGGCCAAGGAGGUGGCCAAGGAGGUGGCCAAGGAGGUGGCCAAGGAGGUGGCCAAGGAGGUGGCCAAGGAGGUGGCCAAGGAGGUGGCCAAGGAGGUGGCCAAGGAGGUGGCCAAGGAGGUGGCCAAGGAGGUGGCCAAGGAGGUGGCCAAGGAGGUGGCCAAGGAGGUGGCCAAGGAGGUGGCCAAGGAGGUGGCCAAGGAGGUGGCCAAGGAGGUGGCCAAGGAGGUGGCCAAGGAGGUGGCCAAGGAGGUGGCCAAGGAGGUGGCCAAGGAGGUGGCCAAGGAGGUGGCCAAGGAGGUGGCCAAGGAGGUGGCCAAGGAGGUGGCCAAGGAGGUGGCCAAGGAGGUGGCCAAGGAGGUGGCCAAGGAGGUGGCCAAGGAGGUGGCCAAGGAGGUGGCCAAGGAGGUGGCCAAGGAGGUGGCCAAGGAGGUGGCCAAGGAGGUGGCCAAGGAGGUGGCCAAGGAGGUGGCCAAGGAGGUGGCCAAGGAGGUGGCCAAGGAGGUGGCCAAGGAGGUGGCCAAGGAGGUGGCCAAGGAGGUGGCCAAGGAGGUGGCCAAGGAGGUGGCCAAGGAGGUGGCCAAGGAGGUGGCCAAGGAGGUGGCCAAGGAGGUGGCCAAGGAGGUGGCCAAGGAGGUGGCCAAGGAGGUGGCCAAGGAGGUGGCCAAGGAGGUGGCCAAGGAGGUGGCCAAGGAGGUGGCCAAGGAGGUGGCCAAGGAGGUGGCCAAGGAGGUGGCCAAGGAGGUGGCCAAGGAGGUGGCCAAGGAGGUGGCCAAGGAGGUGGCCAAGGAGGUGGCCAAGGAGGUGGCCAAGGAGGUGGCCAAGGAGGUGGCCAAGGAGGUGGCCAAGGAGGUGGCCAAGGAGGUGGCCAAGGAGGUGGCCAAGGAGGUGGCCAAGGAGGUGGCCAAGGAGGUGGCCAAGGAGGUGGCCAAGGAGGUGGCCAAGGAGGUGGCCAAGGAGGUGGCCAAGGAGGUGGCCAAGGAGGUGGCCAAGGAGGUGGCCAAGGAGGUGGCCAAGGAGGUGGCCAAGGAGGUGGCCAAGGAGGUGGCCAAGGAGGUGGCCAAGGAGGUGGCCAAGGAGGUGGCCAAGGAGGUGGCCAAGGAGGUGGCCAAGGAGGUGGCCAAGGAGGUGGCCAAGGAGGUGGCCAAGGAGGUGGCCAAGGAGGUGGCCAAGGAGGUGGCCAAGGAGGUGGCCAAGGAGGUGGCCAAGGAGGUGGCCAAGGAGGUGGCCAAGGAGGUGGCCAAGGAGGUGGCCAAGGAGGUGGCCAAGGAGGUGGCCAAGGAGGUGGCCAAGGAGGUGGCCAAGGAGGUGGCCAAGGAGGUGGCCAAGGAGGUGGCCAAGGAGGUGGCCAAGGAGGUGGCCAAGGAGGUGGCCAAGGAGGUGGCCAAGGAGGUGGCCAAGGAGGUGGCCAAGGAGGUGGCCAAGGAGGUGGCCAAGGAGGUGGCCAAGGAGGUGGCCAAGGAGGUGGCCAAGGAGGUGGCCAAGGAGGUGGCCAAGGAGGUGGCCAAGGAGGUGGCCAAGGAGGUGGCCAAGGAGGUGGCCAAGGAGGUGGCCAAGGAGGUGGCCAAGGAGGUGGCCAAGGAGGUGGCCAAGGAGGUGGCCAAGGAGGUGGCCAAGGAGGUGGCCAAGGAGGUGGCCAAGGAGGUGGCCAAGGAGGUGGCCAAGGAGGUGGCCAAGGAGGUGGCCAAGGAGGUGGCCAAGGAGGUGGCCAAGGAGGUGGCCAAGGAGGUGGCCAAGGAGGUGGCCAAGGAGGUGGCCAAGGAGGUGGCCAAGGAGGUGGCCAAGGAGGUGGCCAAGGAGGUGGCCAAGGAGGUGGCCAAGGAGGUGGCCAAGGAGGUGGCCAAGGAGGUGGCCAAGGAGGUGGCCAAGGAGGUGGCCAAGGAGGUGGCCAAGGAGGUGGCCAAGGAGGUGGCCAAGGAGGUGGCCAAGGAGGUGGCCAAGGAGGUGGCCAAGGAGGUGGCCAAGGAGGUGGCCAAGGAGGUGGCCAAGGAGGUGGCCAAGGAGGUGGCCAAGGAGGUGGCCAAGGAGGUGGCCAAGGAGGUGGCCAAGGAGGUGGCCAAGGAGGUGGCCAAGGAGGUGGCCAAGGAGGUGGCCAAGGAGGUGGCCAAGGAGGUGGCCAAGGAGGUGGCCAAGGAGGUGGCCAAGGAGGUGGCCAAGGAGGUGGCCAAGGAGGUGGCCAAGGAGGUGGCCAAGGAGGUGGCCAAGGAGGUGGCCAAGGAGGUGGCCAAGGAGGUGGCCAAGGAGGUGGCCAAGGAGGUGGCCAAGGAGGUGGCCAAGGAGGUGGCCAAGGAGGUGGCCAAGGAGGUGGCCAAGGAGGUGGCCAAGGAGGUGGCCAAGGAGGUGGCCAAGGAGGUGGCCAAGGAGGUGGCCAAGGAGGUGGCCAAGGAGGUGGCCAAGGAGGUGGCCAAGGAGGUGGCCAAGGAGGUGGCCAAGGAGGUGGCCAAGGAGGUGGCCAAGGAGGUGGCCAAGGAGGUGGCCAAGGAGGUGGCCAAGGAGGUGGCCAAGGCAGGUGGCCAAGGAGGUGGCCAAGGAGGUGGCCAAGGAGGUGGCCAAGGAGGUGGCCAAGGAGGUGGCCAAGGAGGUGGCCAAGGAGGUGGCCAAGGAGGUGGCCAAGGAGGUGGCAAGGAGGUGGCCAAGGAGGAGGUGGCCAAGGAGGUGGCCAAGGAGGUGGCCAAGGAGGUGGCCAAGGAGGUGGCAAGGAGGUGGCCAGAUAGGAGGUGGCCAAGGAGGUGGCCAAGGAGGUGGCCAAGGAGGUGGCCAAGGAGGUGGCCAAGGAUGGUGGCCAAGGAGGUGGCCAAGGAGGUGGCCAAGGAGGUGGCCAAGGAGGUGGCCAAGGAGGUGGCCAAGGAGGUGGCCAAGGAGGUGGCCAAGGAGGGGGGUGGCCAAGGAGGUGGCCAAGGAGGUGGCCAAGGAGGUGGCCAAGGAGGUGGCCAAGGAGGUGGCCAAGGAGGUGGCCAAGGAUGGCUGGCCAAGGACGGUGGCCAAGGAGGUGGCCAAGGAUGUGGCCAAGGAGGUUGCCAAGGAGGUGGCCAAGGAGGUGGGCCAAGAGGUGGCCAAGGAGGUGGCCAAGGAGGU